UGUCAGAUCGUGGGCGCGUUCUGGUACCUGCUGUCGAUCGAGCGGGUGAGCGACUGCUGGAGGGCCAACUGCGACGAGUUCCCCGGAUGUAACACCAUCUACAUGUACUGCGGCUCCACGGAGGAGAGCAACGACGAGUUCAAGGAGUGGACCACCGUGAUCAAGCAGGUCAUCUACGAGAACUGCGAGCCCGACGGACAGAACCCCUUCGACUACGGCAUCUACUCCUCCGCCGUCACCUCCGAGGUCAUCAGGUCAAAAGACAUGACCACCAAGCUGCUCUUCUGCCUAUGGUUUGGCCUCGCCAACUUGAGUACGCUUGGCCAGGGGCUCAAGACAACCAUCUACACCGGGGAGUCGCUCUUCGCCAUAUCGCUCGCCACCUUCGGCCUCAUCCUCAUGGCCAUGCUCAUCGGAAACAUUCAGACGUAUCUCCAGUCCCUGACGGUGCGUCUGGAGGAGAUGCGGGUGAAGCGGCGCGACUCGGAGCAGUGGAUGCACCACCGCCUCCUGCCGCAGGAGCUGCGCGAGCGCGUCCGGCGCUACGACCAGUACAAGUGGGUGAACACGCGGGGCGUCGACGAGGAGGCCCUCGUCCAGAACCUGCCCAAGGACCUCCGCCGCGACAUCAAGCGGCACCUCUGCCUGGGCCUGGUCCGCCGCGUCCCGCUCUUCGACAACAUGGACGAGCGGCUGCUGGACGCCAUCUGCGAGCGGCUCAAGCCGGCGCUCUACACGGAGCGCACCUACAUCAUCCGCGAGGGGGACCCCGUGGACCAGAUGGUCUUCAUCAUCCGCGGCAGCCUCGAGAGCAUCACCACCGAUGGCGGCCGCAGCGGCUUCUUCAACCGCAGCAUGCUGCAGGAGAGCGACUUCUGCGGCGAGGAGCUGCUCACCUGGGCGCUCGACCCCAAGUCCGGGGUCAGCCUGCCCUCCUCCACGCGCACCGUUAUGGCGCUCUCCGAGGUCGAGGCAUUCGCGCUGCACGCCGAGGAGCUCAAGUUCGUGGCGGGGCAGUUCCGCCGCAUGCACAGCAAGCAGGUGCAGCACACGUUCCGGUUCUACUCCCAGCAGUGGCGCACCUGGGCGGCCACCUACAUCCAGGCCGCAUGGCGGCGGCACCUCAAGCGGAAGGCCGCCGAGCUGCGGCGCAAGGAGGAGGAAGACGAGGGACGCUCCUCCAGCUUCAAGACCACCAUACUCGUGUCACGCUUCGCCGCCAAGAUGCACAGGCAACGCUCCAAGCGAGAUGAGGAGGUCAUGAUCCAUGUCCCCGUGCCUAAGCCCCGUGAGCCGGACUUCGGCAUUGAUGACUGA